UUCUCUGUGAACAGUUUCCUGUAGUCUGUAUAUUUUGUUUAAUCAUUGCUCACAAUUGUUUGCUCGGCAAACAAUAUCCAAGUUCAAAAACUUUGCAUAAUUUUAUGAUUAUCUGAUCACCAAUACCUUUGUAUCAACAGAAUUGGAACCAACACCAAUAUCCAAAUUUAAACAUGCAGAACGAAAGAACAGGAAAAUCCUCGAAAAUAGAAAUGGGGCCGCCACCUGAAUAUAGCAAUUACUCAAAUCCAAAUGAUGAACCUAAUGGUAAAGACAAGAACAAAACUAAUUGUAAUCUAGAUGGUCCCUAUCCGGGAAAGCAGUACCUCUACCCGGAUGUUGCAAAAUAUCCGGGAAACGAGAACCAAGGCACCCAAGGCCAACCACUCAUGACAACAGGGGUCACACAACCUGAGGCAGUCCCCUCGGUCUCUUCACACAAAAGUAUGGUCGGUGCGGCAAUCCUCUCGUGCUUGUGCUGCUUCUGGCCGACGGGAAUAUUUGCCAUAGUCGCUGCAUGCAAGGCAGAAAACGCAGCAGCGAGAGGUGAUGCUAUUGAAGUCACUGUUCAGUCAAGACUCGCGCGCAGAUUAGUGAUUAUUUCUGUACUAGUGGGACUGAUUUGUGUCGCGCUUGCUAUUAUAGAGAUUUUUCUUCUCUAAAACUUUCUAAUAAAUUAUUGAAUGAAACCAUCAGACACAUCGCCUAGUUAAACAUUACUGCUUUAAAACUAUUCAUUUAAUUUGAUUAAUUUGAACAUGCAAAAAGCAAAACAUAUUUUUGGAUAUAAAUCCCUCAAAAUUGUAUUUUCAAUCAAACAAAAUUAUAGAUCUGUAAAAAUUAAUAAAAAAGAAAUA